AUGUCCCUAGAAGAAAGGGAGGCCAGUGAUGUCAAUUGCGACAUGGCGGUUCGUCUUGCAGAUCUCAUCAUCUUCCGUGACCAGGCAAGACGUCGCAUCGCCGAGCUGGAGGCCACCGUAGAGGCGUUGGAGCAAACCCUGUCGGAAACCCGUAAGAGUGGGUCCAUCCCGGGAGCCGGAAUGCGGCGUUCACUCUCCGCACCUCUACUUGACCAGCCAUUUAAGGAAGAUGGUCUGCAGCUAAUAUGCAGUUGGAACGAGGAGCUUGUUGACACAGUGAACGAGCUGCGUGGGGCCAUGCUGAAGAUGGAGACCGAGGCCAAGAUUCAGAUUGUUUCGCUCAAGGACGAGGUGGACCGACUACGUCUGAAGAGUGAUUCCCUUCGCCUCGAGAACGCUGCACUAAAGGAGCGGGUGGCGGACGACGUUUUGCGGCAACGACAAACAAAUCGCGUAGAGAUGGCGUUUGAAAAAGCCAAAAUUGCUUCCAGAGUCCGUGCGGCAGGGUUACGCCGCCUGGAGUGUAUGGAAGCCGUGUUGAUGGAGACCCAUGAUGAUCUCUAUUUUGUUCAACGGUUUGACGCAGCAAGACUCCCUGUUCGCGAUGUGACGUUCGUGAUUCACGUGGUGGCGAAUGGAUCAUCUCCACCGUUGAGUGGAGAGGAAUUUACGAUGACUAUUUACCAGAAUAUUUUGUUGGAGGCUGCCAAGGAAUAUAACGGAUUCCACGUCUGUAGCUCAAAGCAUAUCGAGGUUUUUGCCUUCUAUGGUGCCACAGCCGCCCUUCACUUCUCAAAUGAGUGCCACAUUAAGGUGACAAAUCUCACAUGGCCGACACGCACCAUCGAUAUUCCGUUUUUCGCCCCUGUUAUUGAUAACGGAGAGUUGCUUUACAGCGGUCCUCGCAUGCAUACGUGCAUGUAUACAUGUAAUCCCGGGUCAGAAACGGACCCUAUCAAUGGCCGGUCCGUGUACUACGGGCAGGAAGUCAGAGACGUCAUAACCGCAGCGUUGCAAGACGCUCCGCUUGGUGAAAUGGUGGCAAACAAGGCAUGGGCAAUAAUGAUUUGCAAGGAAACAGACAUUGUGAAUGACGUUCACGAUGGUGUAUCGUUAGACAUAAGCCAUAUACGUUCCAAAUUGGGCGCUGGAUGGAGUAUUGUGGCGUUGGAACAUGCUGCAGGAGAUCUGUUUUGUUCUAUUCUCCCCAAAUCACUUGAACGCCGCCGCGGACUACCGCCGUAUUACCUUAACCCUUCCCCACGAUUUCCACGCUCCAUUAUUGAUGUGGAUGUUUUGCGUUCGGAACUUAUUGCCUCCAUGAAAGGUUUAUCACGUUCUAGUCUGAGUGGCAUACAACAGCAGCAGCAAACACAACAGAUGCUCCAAUCACAAUUACAGCCACAAUCACAUCAGCAGCAGCAGCAUGAGGGUUGGGUCGAUGGUAUCUAUCGUCACAGGCAACGUGGAGCUGAAAAGGGAGAGACUCAUUGCGCUGAUAUCCUUUCACUUUAUUUGCUACGGCAGGAGAAGAAAAGCAUCAUACACCUCUACAAGAAACUGGAAGCAGUUGCCGCCUUUCACGAACAGAUGGCGAUGGAAGCAGAGGAUUGGUAUUUUGCCCGAAUCCAACGCAUUGAUUCAAGUGAAACAUUGUACGUGUGCACUGUUGAUAUCGGGAGUGAUGACUCCUGGCGAGCGAUUACUAAGGCUUCCAUGAAUUUGGAAGAACACUACCGUCUGCGGGAUCAACUGGCGUUGUCUGUACGUAUAAAGGGGAGGAAUAAUUCGGGUGUUCAUGUGAAUGGCAACAAUGUGGACGUUUUCACCUUUGCCUUUCGACGUCCAGAACAUGUUCUGCGUUUUACCGCCCAGCUGUACGCCGUGGUGAGCCAGAACUGCGAAUUACUCUCUAAAUCAAACCUGUGUCUUAUGAGGGCCGGUGUCACGGUGGGGCAGCUGCGUGCCAUGAACAGCACACAAGCCGCUACUACGUCCAUCGAUUGUGGGGUGGCUCCCAUGUUACGUUGCCGCGGUAAAGCAGUGGUUCGUUCUGGUAUUUUGUGCGAUGUGGCAAACAGUGGGGAAAUUCUCGUUGUUUCAGAUGUCAUUCAGGCCUUCUACGCGACGAAGUCGAACCUUGUGAAUAUGGAGUACAAUGUGUUGCGCGAGGGUGGUCGAUUCCUUGGAUCAUGCACCGUGCUGGUGGACGUGUACUCGAUUCUACCCAAGUCGUACGCGUUCAGGCGGAAGUUAUGUAAAUCUGGGGGAGAAGAGUCUGUUAGAGAAGAGUUGAAAUAUCCACGUCGCUCUGUCAAGGCGGCCCUGCAGCUUAGCGAACGUGUCAUGGCCCGCGAAGAAGUGGCGCAACUUUUAUUGCAACAACAGCAACUCAUGGAGAGGGCAGAAGCGGCAAGGAUGGCUGCAGAAGACGGUGCCUGGUGUCUCACCGCUCACCAGAACCUCCGUUUGCCAUGGCCUGUCUUGAAGAAAUUCAGCGUUGCACACCCGACAGCGGAGUUGGGCUUCUUUUUUUGUGAUGCAGCAGAUAUGCCUGCACUUUCUGGUGCGAUCUCAGAUGAAGUAUACAAGGAUAUUGUGGCCCAGUACAAUCACGUUGUGAAGGAGGCGCUGUUGGCCUACGAUGGGUUCAUUGCCAAGACAGAUUCUGUCACUGCAUAUAUUGUGAUUUUCAACGAUCCUCAGCGUGCUUUGGAAGCAGCGCUGCAAAUCCAACGCAGGCUUUUAACACUGAACUGGCCACAGAAACUAAUGACAUUGGAGGCCACGCUUUUUGUACGAAGUUUGAAGACAGGUAUUGUGUUAUUUAAUGGAGUCCGUGCAAGGAUGGUGAUACAUGUGUCUAACGAUUAUCAAUGCAACAGAAAAUCUCAUGGAGAAGAUGGCGUUUUAGUGGACGUGUUCGGCCCGGCUAUGGAGACAGUUAUGGAAGUCGCUUCUUAUGCAUGCGGUGGUGAAAUCCUCUUGACACCAGGUGCUAUGUCUGGUAUGGUGGCAACCUUGCAUGGUUCAUUGCUUAUGCUGCAAGUUGCCAUGCAGAUGGCGAAAACGCAGCCAUUGAGUAAAAUGACACUUGUAUCGUGUGUGCCACGGCAGGUAUGGGAGCGUCUCGAUCUCUUUAUCCCUCCCACACCUAAUUUGGAGAAUAUACGGCGGGAAUUUAAUUCCAAGUCGAAGCAUGCGAAGAGGGUGAAUAAAAAAACAAUGUGGUGGCAAGAAGAAAACAAUUCUCGGUGGCCUCUUCCACAUUCCCGUCAGGUCGGAUGUGGAAAGAGACAAACUGCAUUACGCAGUUUUAUUCCUGCUUCUUUUCAGGCCUCUUGGGAAGAUGUUGCCCUCUGCUUUCGGCGGGAGUUAUCCGCCGCCCUUGACUUGGGCGUGUUUCGUGAGGGCUUUCUGGCUGCCACCAGCGAUUUGCUCAUGGGCCUGAGUAACGCCUUUCGGGCGCUAGAAGAUGGAUUUUCCAAGGUGCAACCAGUCCCCCAGCAAGCACCUACGACACCGACAGCUGCAGAAAAACGCGUUGACAUUACAUCCAGUGACUUUGGAACUCGCACGUCCGGUAUGAGCGUGACCCUUCGCUCUAACACAGAUUUGAACAAGAAAUCACAUUGUAGCAGUAUCGGUACCCCAUUAAUGCCCUUGCCAGUCUCGCUUGACCCCUACAAGAAUGCGCUGCAUAUUUUGGAUAGCACAUUGAGGGGAGCCUUGCAUCGGAUGAGCCGCGCAUUGGGCGUAGGUGGCGGCGUGCAUUCAAUGCCUCAGUCGAAUUCCGUAAAGGGGUCUACAUCACUAGUCAGUCAUGGCAGUGCGGGGUUCCGCAAGCCACUGAAGCCCAUCCAGAAUAUCCGCUAG